AUGUUUGCUCGCCAGGCUGCAGCUCUUCUGCGUCCAUCUCUUGCCAUUUCGCGCACUGCGCGUGUAGGUGCCUCGCCGUCGUUCGUGCGCCUGCUUUCCAACGAUACGCGCGCCAAAAUUGAGAAGGCUGUGAAGGAUGACCCUCUUGUGGUGUUCAUGAAGGGCUCUCCUAGUAUGCCGCAAUGUGGCUUCAGCCGUGCCGUUCUCCAGAUCCUACAGGUGCAAGGUGUGAACCCAGACAAGGUUGCUACAUACAACUGUCUGGAGGACCAGGAACUUCGUCAGGGCAUUAAGGAGUUUAGCGACUGGCCGACCAUCCCUCAAGUGUAUGUCAACGGCGACUUCGUGGGCGGUUGUGACAUUAUGUUAAACAUGCACCAAUCUGGUGAGCUUGAGACUAUGCUGCGUGAGGCAGGUCUUCUUCUUGACCCUGAGCAAUCUUCGUCGGAGAAGCCUGCAGCGGACAAGCAGUAA